GAUUACACACAAAUCGGCGGCAUUAUUUUUGUGUGGGUCCAAAUUUAGUCGCGAUUCACGCAAAAUCACCAGACACAGUUCAACUUGUUACGUAAUACACGUACACACACCGUGUUUACCUUUUAGUGAUAACAUCUUCUGGUGAUAUGGCUGAACCACAAGCGAAAAGAUCAAAGUUGGAUGUACCGGAAGGUAUUAUCUUCGGAAUCGGCAAUCCGCUCUUGGACAUUUCAGCCAAAGCUGACAAGGAUUUCCUCAGCAAGUAUGAUUUGGAGGCCAACUGUGCAAUCUUGGCGGAGGAGAAGCACUUGCCGUUAUACGAAGAGAUGAUAAAAAAAUUUGACGUGGAGUACAUUCCAGGCGGUGCUUGUCAAAACAGUUUGAGGGUGCUUCAGUGGGUUCUGGAGGAGCCAGAGAGGGCGGUAUUCUCUGGUUGUAUCGGCGAGGACGAAUACGCCAAGAACAUGAAAGAGAAGAUGGCUGAAGCUAAAGUCCGUACAGCGUACCUCGUCAAUGCUGAACAGCCAACAGGCACAUGUGCCGCUCUAAUCACCGGCAACAACAGGUCACUUGUUGCCAAUUUAGCAGCAGCAAACCACUUCAAGCUCGAUCAUCUACUCAAACCAGAGAACUGGGCACUCAUUGAAAAGGCUGAAUAUUUCUACAAUACUGGAUUUCAUCUAACCGUGUCUCCCGAGGCGAUGCUGGCUAUUGCAAAACAUGCCGACGAGAAGAACAAAGUCUACAUGACCAAUCUGUCAGCUCCCUUUAUCUGUCAAUUCUUUAAGAAGCCACAGAUGGAGGUUAUGCCUUAUGUAGAUUACUUGUUUGGAAAUGAAACGGAAUUUGGAAUCUUUGCCAAAGAACAAGACUUUGGGACAGAAGAUCUUGAAGAGAUUGCCCUCAAGACAGCUGCCUUAGAAAAGAAGAACACAAAACGCCAACGCGUUGUGAUCAUCACACAAGGUGCAGAUGACACCAUCGUUGCACAAGAUGGUAAGGUGACGAAGUACCCGGUACUGAAGUUGACAUCAGAUGAAAUCGUAGACACCAAUGGAGCCGGUGAUGCAUUUGUAGGAGGAUUCCUUGCACAGAUGGUUCAAGGAAAAGAGAUUUCAGAUUGCGUCCGAUGUGCCAACUACACCGCAAGCUACAUCAUUCAAAGAUCAGGGGUCUCAUUCGAAGGAAAGGCUGACUUCAAAUAAUUCAAAUCCACUCAACAUUCAUCGUAAAAAUUGUUUAUUAAAAAAAUUAGGAAAGCCCCUCUCCUAUUUGUCAAGGUUGUAAUGAGAAGAGUCAAAUACAUUUCAAGAUUGACCGGUGCACUGCCAAAACAAUCAAUAGGGGACUUUUGAGAUGUCGGUGGCAGCAGACAUAUCGGUACUUUUUUGCGACUCUGAGCGUGCGCGCGCAGGCUCAGUAUUGCGUGCAUAAGUCAGAGCGCGCGAACUACCGUGAUAAAGAACCGUCUAAAAGUCUCCCGUUCUUUAGAUUAUGUUGAAAAUUGUUUUAAAAUUUACGUGGUGGUGGGCUUCGAUAUAAAUUCAUGUUUGGUUCAGUUGUCGAACUUUGUGGGUAGAUAACAGUGUUCUGGCUUAUAGAGGCAGUUGAGGAAAUAAAAUAACCAUACCCUAUUUGCAUACAGGGGUACAUCUCAACAGUGCAUUACCAUAUUACAUUGCCCCUUGCAAAAUCAGUUUCUAUUUUACAGCAUUGAUUGGCAUGAGUUUUGGGAAGCCAUUUGAUUUAUAAAAGUCUUGCCUUUUAUUGUGUAUCGAAUAAUCCCUUUGUUGCUUUGAAGUUCGCCAACUUGUAGGGCAGACAGUAUGUGCGUUAAAAUGCGUACAUCAAAGAAGUACGCAGCGUUCCCGGUUUGAUUUCUACGACACCUGCAUGCACACCUACACGCACACACUCACACAGGCAUGUGUAUGGUGCAGACCAAGGACUUCUCUUCGUUCUCCCAUUGUUUGGACAUAGUUUGGUUUUCAGACGUCCCCAUUGGUUUUGUACACAAAAUCUACUGAGGACUGUCCCCGGUGUGACUUUUUCCCCGGAUCCCUUUUGUUAAAGUCCUCGAUUAUCAAUAGUAGACAUGCCCACAAACACCUGUUGUCCUUUCUGUUGUUCCCGUAUUGAAGCAAUCCCUAUUGGUUUUGUACACAAAUGACUAGUGAGGACCCAUGAAAACAAAGAACCGACUAGUGAGGACCUAUUGCAUACACACAGUCGUGUUUGACCAUUACGUUAGAGGACGCCUAAUGUACUUUCUGUUGUUCCCGUAUUGAAGCAAUCCCGUUUGGUUUUGUACACAAAUGACUAUAGUGAGGACCCAUGAAAACAAAGAACCGACUAGUGAGGACCUAUUGUCCCUGUUGAAACAAGUCCUCGGAGAGUAGGCCACACAAACCCCAUGUUGUAGGGCAGAUUUUUGAAUGGUGAUGUCAUAUUCAAUACGGUCUAUACUGGCUUAUAAUGUUGAGCUAGCUUUCUCUUCUACUCUAAACUUGGGUUCCUUUUGUUGUUCAUUUUGUUGUUCACUUGCAGACACCACCUGUAUGGAUACUUAUAUUUUAUUUUGUCAGAAUGCUAUUUUACACAAUUUGAAUGUUCAAUCAAUUAUCAAACAACUUAAAGUUGUUGAGUAGAUUAUAAUCUUUGAAUGUAUUCUUCUGGAAAUAAAUUACCUAAAUGGUUUGAUGUCGAACAAAGGAAACAUUUACUUGGGCGGGAUUUGAACCAAUGACCUCUGGUUUAAUGUGACGGAUGUUGUUGCUUCAGAUACCGCUUUUGUCAAUUUUUCUUUGUCCAACCCCAAACCAUUUCUUAAAAAUAA